GAGACACGACUAUUCGGGUUGGACACAUCCCUUGAAUUAAUAUAGUAAUUAAUUUCUAACAAUUCUGUUGCGCUGUUAAUUUAUACCCCGAGCGCGCGUUUGACCGCGGACCCUCCCUCCUUCCCUUCCUCCCCGAGUUGUCUCUUCUCUCUCUCGCUAUCGCCCUCCGCUGGCAGCGCGCGGCCAAAGUCUUCCCCGCUGCGCGCAACCCCGUUCAGACCGGGGAUCCGGGCAAUUAAACCUUCCUUCCUACCACCAGUCAACUCUCCUCCUCCUCUUCCUCUCCCCCCUCCACUGUGUUGUGUAUAUACAAUAUACUACUCCUCCGCUUGAGGCUUGACCUGACCUGACUAGUUGUGAGCGCGGGGGCCGGCGUGGAACUUCCCAGAACUGGAGCUGCAACUGCGGGAGACGGCAAGGUUGUGGUGUUUGUUGCGCCUCCCUCCUGGAGAAGAGUGGUUCAAAACAACGAGGAGGAAGCAGCCACGGAGCGGGAAAGAUACAGAAACUCUGGAUUCUGGACCUGGUGUUACGACAGACAAGACAUCUGUAGUGUAGCAGUCAUAUCAGUUUGGUGGUAGCUGGUAGAUAGCUACAGCCUGGAAAUAUUGUGCUGUGGGUGAUGUCCUUGGUCUUUCUUGUUUGAUGGCAAGUGCAAACACAGGCGCGUUUCGCCUUGUGAGGUGCCCAAAGUGUCUUAACAUUCUACCAGAACCUGCAAAUGUUUCUGUCUACCAGUGCGGUGGAUGCAACACCACUCUUAGAGCUAAAAUCCGUGCCAGUGAUGCACAAAAUGUGGCCACCAAACAAGUUCAGCAAGAUUCCCGGGAUUACUCUGUUGUUCCCUCUGAAACUGUGAGCAAUGGGGUGUCGACAAAACAAGUUCGGCAAGACUCUGGUAAUUACUCUGUUGUUACCUCUGUGAGCAAUGGGGUGUCUCCCCAAAGCAAGGAACUGGGUUCUAUUGGUGCUGCUGCGGAUGAUUCCAUCACUCUUGGUGCUUCAAGCAGCGAGAUGGAGCAAGAGGGCAAUGGCACCGGAAGCAGUGAGAAGGGUGAUAUUAUGUCAGAUGAGGAGAAUGUUAUGGAGGUUCCAAAUACUGAGAGCAGCCAAGACAACAAUUCUGGUGACGAUGACACCAAUGGAGAAAUAGAAGAUCUUGCUGCCCUUAUACAACCCAGUGGCAGUGGGAAUGGCACACAGAUAGUAGAUUCUGACAAAGAAGAGAACAACACGGUAGAGCAAAGCGCAGAGAAUUCAGAGGAUUGCAAAAUAAACGAAGAUGGUGAUAGGGAAAGCAGCCUGAAUACCUCAGAGCAUAACAUGCCUUCAUCCGAGGAAAGAGAAUUAGCUAGCAAUUUGCCAGAAUGUGAGGAGAUUGGAGCACGCAAAGCUGAACCUGCGGCAAGCAAGAAAAGCAAGCUGGUAAGGGUGCAAUCUCGGUCUUGUGAUCUCCGAGAAGUGCCUGGAGUAUCAGUUGACUUGCUUGAUUUCCACUCUUCCCGAACUUCAUUCCAGUCAAAAAGCUUCAGGGCAAGCGAACCUCUUCAAUCAAAGAUUAUGAAGACGGUGGAUGAAUUGAAAGGUGACCUUUCUGAAAUCUUCAAUAAACCUUCAGAUUGCAAGCCAAGGGCACACCCUCCCCAUCCGCUGAAACAAGAUGGUUACAGCCAACCUCUUACAGCUUACCAUCCUGCUGUCAAGCAUUCGGGCUAUGCAUCUCGCCUGAGUAGGUCUGGCCAAGUUGCUCCCCAUGGCCAUGGACUGCCCUUACCGCGGUAUGGCCGGCGCAGCGCCUAUUCAUACAUUCGUAGUGGGCAACUGGAAAUGAGACCUUGCCCUCACCAAUGCCAUCAUAGCUGCCGCCCACCCCGUUGCAGCUCCUGGAAACAAGAACCUGCACCGCACAAGCCACCGGCUAAGGAGAUAAAGCGGCGGCCUGCCUCGAGAAAUCUCUGCCGGCCAGUCCUAAGGGGCGCGCCAUUCGUCCUUUGCUCCAACUGUAUGAAGCUCGUGCAGCUGCCCACCGAUUUUGCCAUUCCGAGCAGAGGAACACGCAGGCUGCGGUGUGGCUCCUGCGCGCAGGUUCUCUCCUACUCUUACAGAGACCCCAACAGAAGGAAACUUCAGUCACCAUUUGGGGGUGACGAGUCCAGCACAGAUGACUCGGAAAUUCACCAGGUAGGUGAUGGCCAUAACACUGCUGCCCAUCAAGCUGAACCAUAUUCGUACUCAUACUCGGAAGAAUACGGUAUCUCGGCUGGUGCGAGCUAUUCUACCGAGGACGAGCGACCCUUGCAUGUGUCAAGGAACUCAUCUUUCAACACCAUUGAUGAAACAAGUACCAAGGAGUCUAAGCUUCAUCGGUUGAUGGGGUACUCUUCGGCGAGUGAGCUGAUGCGGCAUUCUCCUGAUCUGUAUGAGAGUUUCACCAGACGAACGCCUAAUGCAAGAACAUAUGACGUGAAGGGGAAAGGCGUUUGCGUGACUGAUGGUUCAGAUGCUAAACAUGCUGCGGUGAAGGGAUCAAAACCAAAAGAGAAAAGAAUGGGCUUGCCAUUCCAAGGGAUGUUCAAGAAAGGGAUUCAUUGACUGGAAUCUAUGAAGCUCGGGUCAUAGGUAAUUCAACUUCGUUUGUCAGGAUUGGCGAUUUUAGGAGAAACUAUACAUGAAGUGUGAGUUUUUGGAAUGAUGAUAGAGUGAUAGGUAAUUUGGUAUUACAGUAGUAGUUAGCAUUCUAAUGAAUGUGUGGGCUCACAUUGUUGUUUGCCAUUCAUCUGUCCACAAGCUUACUUGUUUGGCAAUUAUGUGUGCUCUUUGAUGUGUGUAUAGUUUCUGGAGAUCAAAUUUUCGGCGUUUACGAUUGUA